UGCCAUCCCUGGCAGAAAUGCAAAACAACAAAAGUUCUUAGAGAAUUUUAAGCAUUUAAUAAAAUUUAACGAGGGGAAAAUACGUGCAUGUCUGCAUUGAAUUUUCUGCACAAAUAACACGCACGCAGGACGUUGUGCACAUUUAGCAACACGCACGCAGGACGUGCCCUUCACAAAAUGGGAAAAUCCUGCCUUUGGUCUCUACUAAAAUUGAUGCUUGCAAUUGCGUUCUAUGCACCUUCGGAAACUCUUGCUUACAAACAUGUGCGACUCCAGGACAAUUUGUGUUCAGAUAAGCUGAUUUACACACUGACUAAGACUUUUCGAGGCGAUCCGACGCUUAGGCUCACAGAAGACCAGGACUCGGGAGCGAUAAUAACACAAGCGUGGAAUGUGACGCUGCCCAGCGGACACUCGUCGAACAAAAUCAAAUACGACUGCCAGUUUCGAGUGCAGACUAAUGAUCGUCCGCCGCGGGGUAUAUACACUAUUAUCACGCGUCUGAAGUUUCGCAGCGAUCCGGUGACCAAGAAAUGCAUCGACUACAUUCAGUUCACCAGUGGAAAUCGUUCACCCAGCGAACGCAUUUGCAGUGACAUCUCUAUUGAUGGACCCGCGGGUCGUUUGAUCUUUGAUCAGCGUGAUAGAGAUGUGCACGUGCAUAUAUUCAUUGAUAGAGAAAGGCAUAUAUUCGGCGAUCCUCUGGAGUUGCGUAUGGUGUUGACUGCGCACUCGGAGUGUCAGUAUGCUGGCGACUUUUUAUGCAAUCCCAAGGACCAAUACUCGUGCAUUUCGCGUCAUUUUGUGCGAGACAAUAUUACCAACUGCAUGUAUCCCUGCCGUGACGAAGGCACCUGCUUCCACGAUGCCAUUGUAACUGAGGAAAUAGAUACCACCAAUGUGGCCAUAUCUGCAAUAACAUCUCUCAUAUUCACAAUGCUGGGCGUGGGUUUCUGUGUGUGGAUCUGCUGGAAAUAUUGGAACUGCAUCACAGUUCAACAACACGCCCAUGAAGCUUCUGCCGCUCGUUUUAAUCAGCGACGUGCACGGUCUGACGUGCCAACUAUUGAGUUGCCCACAGCACAAUCAUAUGAUGGGGUGAUGACACAUGAUCUAUCGCCCAAUUCGCAGGAACAUCAACAGCAGCAACCGGCAACGCCUAAAGAUUUGCCGCCCAGCUAUGAAUCACUCUUCCCCGACAGAUAAAGGCUGUCUACUAACCGAGAGUAGAUUGCCCCGUUUUGUGCCAGACCGAACCAAAAAAUGUUGGCGCCAAACUAAACAAAUUUUUUCCAUCAAGAUUGUUGUUUUAAAAAUUUAAUUACUUACUAUGUAAUUUAUUAAUUACUAUAUUAGGUGAUUGCUUAAUUGGCUUGUAAUUACACCACAACAAACUAGCAAAAGGAGAAGGCCAAUGUAAAUAUGCACAUUUGUUGUAGCGUUAGGACUGAAAGUAUGUUUUUCGGUAUUCGAUUAGCUUUAGGCAGCUUCUUAGAUUAUUGUUUGAAUGUAAGACUCUCGCAAAUGUGUUCAUAUUCGAACAAAUCAAGUACAACAAUAUCACUUUAGUGUAUUGCGUCGUAACUAUGAGAUUCCCCUGUUUUAAUUUAAUAAAUUCUUGUAUAUAUGUUUUGUUUAUUUUAUAAUAUCGAAUAGUAUUGCUUUUAUAUUAAAAUGUUUGUAGUGUUUAAGCAGAGCUCAACUAAUCUCAAAAUGAAUUCAACACUAAUGAAAUCUCAAGCAAUUAUAAAGAAAUUAUAUCAAUUAAUAAGUAUAUAAGAUAAAGCAUCCAAAACUAGUUAGCGCAAAUUCGGAGAUUCCGUUUAACUAAUUGUAACAUGUACUAUAAUAAUCACUAAUGUGUAUUAGACCCACAAAUCUAGCGGAAUUCCAUCUAGUUGUACCUGUAUUAUAUAUGCUUAUAAAUAGGGAGAAAGACAUAAAACUACACAUAUAAAACAACAAUUAUGCUAUUGUGAGCCGUGAGCCUUGUUGUCAAUUGUUUAAGCGAUAUGGUUUUUUGUAAGCGCAGCUAACGUAUAUACUUGAAAUAUGUAACUGCAAAUUCAACAUAAGCAGUCAAUUUGUCUCAUAGCAUACUCAUAUAUACGUAUUUUACCUAUAAAUAAACCAACUAAAUGUUAAAACUCAA